AUGAGCUAUUCUAUCGAGCAGAGGGGCAGGCCAAAUACCCCGGACUACAGGGUGUACUUCAAAAACUCUGAGGGAAAGUAUAUUUCUCCAUUCCACGACAUACCGAUCUACGCCGAUGAAGCACAGAAUAUUUUCCAUGCUGUGGUGGAGAUUCCAAGGUGGACAAAUGCAAAAAUGGAGAUUGCCACCAAAGACGCCCUCAACCCACUGAUACAGGACACCAAGAAGGGCAAUCUACGUUAUGUAGCCAACGUAUUUCCUCACAAGGGGUACAUCUGGAACUACGGAGCCAUCCCACAGACAUGGGAGGACCCUGGACACAAGGACGGUGACACGGGAUGCUGUGGCGAUAACGACCCCAUUGAUAUUUGUGACAUAGGCAAUAAGGUUUGCACACGAGGCGAGGUCAUCAAAAUCAAGGUGCUAGGCACCCUGGCUCUGAUCGACGAAGGGGAGACUGACUGGAAGGUCAUCGUGAUCAAUUCAGAGGACCCAGAAGCGGCAGAAUUUAACAAUAUUGAUGACGUCAGAAGACUCAAGCCGGGCUACCUUGAGGCCACUUUCGAUUGGUUCAAGAGAUACAAAGUCCCGGAUGGAAAACCUGAAAACCAGUUUGCAUUCAAUGGAGAAUUUAAAGACAGGGACUUUGCCAUUGAGACUGUGAAAAGUACUCAUGAGUUCUGGAAGGCGCUCGUUGGCAAGAAAACUGAUGCUGGUGGAUUAAAUUGCAUGAACACCUGUGUCUUGGACAGUCCCUUCCAGUGCUCCAGCGGCGAUGCCAAGGCCACAGUGGACGCAGCUGCUGCUUUUGGAGCAGAGGAAUGCAUUCCAAAUGCAGUUGACAAGAGCUUUUUCUAUGAGAAGUAA